CGUCAAUCAAUAUUUCAUCCUUCUCUCUCUUCUUACCUCACCAUCAGUUGUUUUUUUUUUAUUCUUCUGGUUUUAAAGAGUGAUUCUAUUUCUUCAUCUACUUUGUCUGGCAAUGCGAUACCCAUCGACUAUUCAAGAGGUUGUUUGAUUUGAGGCGACAUCCAUCGGGCGCUGGCGUCUCUGUAGCAUCCAUGGAUCAUCGCGGUUCCUUUGUCUUCUGGUUCUUGCUCGUUUUUUAUCUUCUUCUUAGCUCGCAGUCUCACUCUCCACUAAUAUACCAGGAUCGCGAACAUCAGCUUGAGCUUGAAAGGGAAAGAUAUGCGCUCCGCUUGUUAAACGAGUCCAGAUAUGGGGACUUUGACCCACGAGCUGAUAAAUGGCUCCCAUUCUUGGGGGCCCGGAAGAAUGAUAGUUAUCACUGGGGUCUCCUUGCAGAUGUACAGGAUAGAGCUCAGUACCAGCUACGGUCAAUUAUCUCAGAUGCGGGGUUGGCGCUACCGAGGGCGCUCGAAGACAACGAAGCGUCAUCUCCCUCAUUUAACCUCUCCCAGCUUCUUCUUCCUGUUUACCGCAACUCGACAGGUAAACUACGGGGAGACUGGGUGCGCCGCAAGUUGGACACAGCUCACCCUAACCUUAACUCGACUGCUGUCGUCCUCGAAAAUGAGUAUUCCACGCCGGCAUCCAGCGAUAAUAUAACCGGUAAUAGUGGAACAUUUUACUUGGAUCUACGUGAGGGAGGUGGAGAAGAGCUAAAGCUACCUCAAGGCCAUGUUCGAGAGAUCAGAGCAACUUUGGCCGUAGAACCUGGUGAUUUCUGGGGCAUUACGUGGUAUAUUUCUCUAUAUGGUAUUCAUUUCCCCGAGACGGGCGGCACCAUUCUCACCACGACGAGCGAAAAGUUUGGCGGCGUAUUUACUUUGCCUCAUCUGACGCUGUCUACGGAGUCGUUUGACCUCUCGCACCAACUUCUUUUGAAAUCUUUGUCCGAUACCUUAUCGGAGAAGCAAUCUCGGCCUCCGACACUUUUCCCUUGGUCUUCAGUUGUAGGGACAGAGCAGGUGGAAUUUCCUGCUCCUAGAUGCGAACAUAUUGUCUACCUCCAGCAGCAUCCAGUUACUAUUCGGAACUAUCUUGCGGACAAUGCGGUUAUUGAUCGGAUAGAGCAGGAACUGAGAUACCCCAUGGGGGCGCCAAUACCUUCCCCUCCACCAAUGGUCAUGUCAGCGGUAGUUUUUUCACCAGACUGUGGAUAUGUCCUGGAAACAAAGGGAGCUCCCGAGUACCCUCCGGCAGAAGGACUUUACGUUUCCGGGCCUAAGCUGGAAGAACUCCGCAAAUAUUCCACUCGCAUCAUCUUCUUCCUAUCUGCUAUGUUUGCCGGGCAGAUUACAUUACUUUUGCGACAAAUUAAAGAUGCUUCGACUCCAUCCACGCGCAGCCGGAUCAGUUUCUAUACGAUCGUUAUGAUGUCUUUCGGGGAUUCCUUUGUGCUCGUUUUUAUUCUCAUGCAACUCUAUCCAGCGGUUUCAUUCCUAAUCAUGGCAACUGCAUCAUUUCUCACUUUCAUCUCUGUCAGCUGCAUUGGGAUGCAAUUUAUGAUUGAAAUUUGGGCGGUCCAGGCUCCAGAGCGGAGAGAUCAGACUCGCCGGUCCACUCCCACAACAACCACCCGGCCAGGCGAGCUACCUCUUCCAGCCACAACAGCUCGAAUCAGCGACUCCGGUGCGACCCCAAUUAUCCUGACGCCUGAUCAAGACCCUCCUGUGGAGGAGGAGGAGGAGGAGGAGGAAACUACUCCAAACCGUUCCACCACGCGGACUGUGCGAGAGGCUCGUUUUGAUAUUGGCGCUAUGUACGCACGUUUCUAUUUUAUCUUGUUCGUGAUGCUUAUCGUGUCUAUAUGGGCAUAUCUUUGGCCUAAUCGACUAGGAACGUUGUAUGCGCGAACCUUGACUUUCGUAUAUUUGUCAUUCUGGGUCCCUCAGAUCUAUCGCAAUGUCAUACGCAAUUGUCGCAAAGCCCUGCGAUGGGAUUUUGUAGCAGGCCAAAGCUUCCUCCGCCUACUCCCAUUCUUAUACUUCCUCACUAUCCGUGGGAAUGUGUUAUUUAUUCGUUCCGAUCUAACCACCGCACUUUCACUUGCCGGCUGGGUCUGGGUUCAAGUGUGGAUCCUAGCAAGCCAGGAUAUUCUGGGGCCACGCUUCUUUGUUCCCCGAGGGUGGGCACCGCCUGCCUAUGACUAUCAUCCAAUUCUCCGACAUGCUGCCGACUCUGGUCUUGAUCUUGAAUCCGGCGGUGUCCUACCGAUUGGAGCGCUCAGGGCUGACGGACGAGACUUCUCAAGCGAUGCAAAAGACGACGAUCGCCAACGCCAGAAGGAUCGCAAGAGGGCGAUUUUUGACUGCGCAAUCUGUAUGCAGGACAUCGAUGUACCUGUUCUCGCAGCCCCUGGAGCCGCUGGCGGUAGUAGUGUUGCAGACGGGGCAGCGACCCUCUUCACUCGUCGUACAUAUAUGAUUACUCCUUGCCGGCAUAUUUUCCAUAGCACCUGCCUUGAGAGCUGGAUGCGACUUCGGCUACAAUGCCCUAUCUGCCGCGAAUCUAUUCCGCCAGUAUAACGGUUUUUUUUUUUUUUUUUUUGUCUUUCCAUGGGAUUUAGGCGCAUAGAUUGGUGUUUACGGAAUAGGAUCAUCUCGUUUCUUUUUAUGACCAACAUGUACACUACCUAGGUGCUAAAUGACACACACACACACAUAUAUAUAUAUAUAUAUAUCAAGCUCAUGAUGCUAAGGAGCGUCUACGUAGUGUCAAAUGGCAUGGAGUACAACUUAUAAAAUAGUAAUCAGUCGCCUUUGUUGUUGAACUUAUAAAAGGCACGCAGCCGAUGAGGGCUGAACGCAAGUCUAAACGAAAAAAAAUAUAUAUAUUUACUCCCCCAAAUGGACAACACAAUCAUCUAGGAUUUUCCAACCAGAAAACAUGAAACAGCACAAGAACACAAGAAGUAAAAAAAAAAAAAAAAG